UUCAUUGUUAUCCGGUUUUACUUUCGGUUUUGGCUUUCCACGAAAUUAGGGAAAUACCGAUCAGGAGGAUCGUCAUUAUUUGUUAGAGCUAACACGGGAAUAAACAAAAUGGCGACAGAGCUCACACAAGCCCACAAGGAUCAACUUUCUAAAUGGAUUGAUUCCACUAAGAACCACAAGUUUACCUUACUGUACAAGAUCAGCCGUGAUGGAUGUGUAGCUCCAACCUUCCAUAGUCUUUGUGACAACAAGGGGCCGACAGUCACCGUCCUGUACAAUACUGACAAGUCGGUAUACGGGGCUUACACUGCUGUCAGCUGGCAUUCUAAUGGUGCCUAUAGCGUCGACGCUAAAGCGUUUCUGUUUAAACUAGAGUAUAACGGUACAGCACAGCCAAUGAAGUUUCCCAACAAAACAGGCGGAACAAGCGCAAUCUAUGGGGAUGCGAGUUAUGGUCCAACAUUUGGCGGACAUGACCUUCAUUCUUUUUCUGCUACAGUGAACAAAUCCGGAAAUAAUUUUCCUUUAAAUGGUAACACCAACGCAUUCGGAGGAACCUAUGACGUACAAGGGCAGAACUACAACUCUGUGAUGAAUGGUCACUUACAGGUUCUGGACCUCGAGGUCUACAGUAUCGAAGAACAGGAGCUGCUACAAAAGCCGUGGAUUCGGAAUGUGGACUGGAGUCGUAAGUUUGAGGAAGAGGUAAAGAACAAGGUGGCCACCUAUAAACCGUUACCCGGAUUGGACCUCCAGCAGGCGAGGAUCCUGUUGGUUGGUCAGGUCGGGGCAGGGAAGUCUAGCUACUUCAACACCAUCAACUCCAUCUUCCGGGGACACAUAAGCGCCCAGGCCAACGCUGGAAGCGCUGAACAUAGUCUUACAACAUCUUAUAGGACAUAUCAAGUAAGGGACGGAUAUGCUGGAAAACCUCUCAACUUUCGGUUAUGCGACACACGUGGCCUUGAAGAGGACCAAGGUCUUGAUGAUCAUGAGAUUGGUUAUCUACUUGAGGGUCACGUACCAGACAAGUACAAGUUUAACCCUGCUGUUCCACUGUCAACCGACGCACUUGGGUUUGUGAAGAACCCGAAUUUGUCCGAACGAAUCCACUGUGUGGCAUUUGUUCUGGAUGGUAGUACUGUGGAUGUCAUCCCCGAGAAAGUGAUGGAGCGGAUCAAGGCCAUACAAUUGCGAAUGAAUCAAAGAGGGAUUCCCCAGGUUGUACUUCUGACGAAAAUCGACAGAAUCUGUGAGGAGAUCUCCAAUGAUAUCAGCAAAGUGUUUUUCAGUCCAAGGAUGAAAGAUUGUGUGGACAGGGUUGCCAUGGUCAUGGGGCUGCCCAGGUCGCACAUACUUCCUGUCAAAAACUACGAAUGUGAGGUAGAGCUUGAUCAGAACACUAACAUUCUGUCACUUCUCAGCCUCAGACGAAUUCUCAAUUUCGCUGACGACUACCUGUACAACAAACUUGAUGAAAUUGUGACUGACAAGAUGCAACACAUGAAAAUCCGUGAUUGAAACUUAUAUUGUGAUAUAACAGAGAAAAGCAUUUGUAUGGCAGUUAAGGUGAAUAUUGAAACAAAAAAAUCAUUUAGCUUGUAGUUCCCUACAUUUUAUAUAUAAGCAAUAUAAAUAACAUUAUUAAAUAUACCAUUGUGUAUUCAAACAUAUAGUCACAGUGUUAGUGAAAUCACAUCCGUAAACACAACAAACACACAUAAAAGACACCACUUUCCUCAAUGAAAUCAACUAAAUCAGGAUCCAAUCCUUAUAUUUCAAUUAAUACUUAUUUUUUAUUUACUUGAAUUGGUGACGUUUUUUAGGGUCUGUCGCUGGUACUGAAGCUAGUGCAAGUCUACGUACUAACGUAAUGUAAGAAAUAUAGUUCGCCAUUGGAGGUCCAUCAUACAGCAAUGUAGUGUAAGGUCAUACUUCAAAACAGCAAUUAAAAUAAGAUACGAAAACAUAAUGUAAAUGUCGUUUUAAAUUGUAUUGGACUAAAUUUUGCCAAAUGUGAAAGAAUGUAUUCAAACGCACUAGCAAUGUUAAUAAAAGAAAAACAUUAUCUGGCAAUUUCAUGGAGUCCAACUUAAGUAAACAAUGACAUUUUUCUCAUUGCUGACUUGAGUGAGUUCCAUAUGGGGAGGUUGGAGUCCGUCAUCUUGGCAGACACUGUGAGGCGGUGUGAGCCGUGGUGUGGAAAAUGGCUCGCUGGUGCUAUUUAUAUGGGCGUUAACAUUUCCCAAUGUUGUAAAGUUGUGAGGGAGAUGUUUGCCUGUUGAGAGACAUCCUCUGUGGUAGCGGCCAAGUGAAGAGAGGCCAAUGUUGGGCCAUAACAAAACACCUGUGGGUGGGCGGGGUGGAAACCUGUAACGUACGGGGCAGGAGUUACAGCUAUUUGAGGAACAAGAGAACAGUACCAGCCUAGAGGGUAUGGACAGAAAACGACCAUCCAUGGGGUUCCAAAGGGGCCAGUGUUACUAAUGGAGGCACAGGUCAAGGCUGACGUCGACGAGGGCCAGCUGACUGGACAAGAUAUGAGUGGACGUUUGAUGAACUUUACCUACUAUAAAGCCCCAUGGUCAUCAUGACAGUUGUUAUGAGGUUUAGUUUUGAACAUUGUGUUUCAAACUUGAUUUUAUAAUGAAAACAUAAAUAGUUGAGAACUGUGUGUUCAAUUCUAGAACUGUGUGUUCAAUGCUAGAACUGUGUUCAAUUCUUCUAGAACUGUGUGUUCAAUGCUAGUCUUUGCUAGAACUGUGUUUGCAAUGCUAUCGGUUACACCGAUGUUAUAGUGAGAACAGUGUGUACAAACCUUUUAACCUGGUUAAAACCUUUGUGUUCGAUACAGUGUAAGUAGCCCGGAAAUAUUGUAAUUUUAGGACAAUGAAUAUUUCAAUCUGUGUGUUCAUACUCAAUCUACAUGGCAUUUAUUGUCAUGUGCCAGGUGUAUUUUUGUUCGGUGUGUUUGAAAGAACCGGAUGAAAUUUGAGACAUUGAGGAGCUAGAGGGCUCGAGUGUGUAUAAAUAGUUGCCACACUGAUAGUUUGACAACAUAGUUCAUUUGUGUGAAUCAUAUUGUAUAUUCCAUUGUUAAUUUUUUUAGAUUUGUGAAUAAAUCUUGUUAUCUGUAUA